AUGGCUUUCGCGACACACGCGCAUGUCAAUGGUGGACGAGAAGACGGCCAAACCGACUGGAACCGCAUCGGGAGGAACCACGACCUGAAUAACAAUCCUCCGGGAAACGGUGGUCCCCCGCCGGGAGGUGAUCAUUUCGAUGACGACGACGAAACGCAGGCUCGCCUCAACGCCGCUCGCAACGCCGCUCGCAAUGCCGCUCGCAAUGCCGCUCGCAACGCCGCUCGCCUUAACACUUACCUCAACACUUUCGAUGACGACGACGAAACGCAGGCUCGCCUCAACGCCGCUCGCAACGCCGCUCGCCUUAACACUUACCUCAACACAUUCGGAACUUGA